AUGGCUCGUGUUGCGAUCAUCCUAAGUGGUCUUGCAGUGCUCUUCCUGGCACUUGAGCUCCAAGUGCAUGCAGACACUUCUGCGGGAGAUCCAACCACAAACUACGUAAUGGAGACGCAGGUAGCAGGAGGUCCAGAUCGGGCACAUUGCCUGUCACAGAACUGCUUAUACAAAUUACUCACUUGUCCCGAAAAUUGUAGGAAGAGAGAAACCAUCGCCCCUGGAAAGUCAGCGUGCUUCCUGAACUGCCUGAAAUGUGAAGCCACCUGCAAACACAGGAAGCUGGAUUGCUUCGGUUAUGGAGCGGUUUGCUACGACCCUCGCUUCAUCGGAGGGGACGGUGUGAUGUUCUACUUCCACGGCCAGAAGGAUAAGAACUUCUGUAUCGUCUCCGAUCGCAAUCUGCACAUCAAUGCUCACUUCAUCGGCAAGCGGCCGGAGGGUCGCCACCGAGAUUACACGUGGGUCCAAGGCCUGGGCAUCAUGUUCGACUCCCACAAGCUCUCCAUCGCUGCCAAGAAGGUGGGAGUGUGGGACGACAAUGUCGACCAACUGACCUUCUCUUACGACGGAGCGGACAUCGACAUCCCCGAGCUCGACGGCGCUAUCUGGGUUUCUGCCGAUAGGCAAGUCGUGAUCGAGCGAACCAGCGAGACCAACAGCGCGCACGUUAUGAUCCACGAGCUCAUGGAGGUGUCUCUGGACGUGGUUCCCAUCACGGACGCGGACAGCCGAGUGCACAACUAUCAGGUCACGGACGAGGAUCGCUUUGCGCAUCUGCAGAUGCAAUUCAACUUCUUCGGCCUGUCUCCUUCCGCGCACGGAGUGUUAGGGCAGACUUAUCGACCUAACUUCAAGACCACCGUCAAGACCGAUGUCCCCAUGCCCAUUCUGGGCGGAGAUGAAAAGUACUUGACCUCUUCUUUGCUAUCUGCCGAUUGCAUGGUCAGCCAAUUCUCCGUCGACGGCGAUGUCGAUUCCGCCGUGGCUGCUUCUAGCGUCAUGCAAUCGCCCGUUGUAUGCAGCAGCAAGAACGGAGGAAUGUCUUGCAGGCGAUAA